UCCAGGACUGCAGGAGCCGGCCAAGUCUGGAAGAGCAUUAGGUGCUGUUGGAUCGCCUGCCUCCCACCCAAUCCCAGUGGGGAGUCUCAGGGACUCUGGGCUGUGAGGAGUAGGGAAGGGAACACUCUCUAGGAAGGGUCAGCAUGGCCUGCAGGAAGAGCUGCUCCGAGCAUCCGACCAAGUGGGUCCUUGCCGGCAGUGCCAGUGUGGCUCUGCUGUUCACCAUUGGGAUGGUCCUGGGCUUCACCCUGCAGCGGGGCACUCGGUCAGGCUGUGAGCAGGACGUCUGCCGGCCCGACGCAGACAUGCUGGAGUACCUGCUGAGCCUGGGGCAGAUCAGUCACCUGGAUGGCCUGUCAGUCACCUGGUACCACGCAGCCAACAGCCAGAAAGAGAUGAAGGCUGCCCUGAGCAGCAACGCCAUGGUCUUAGAGGCAGAUGUUACUGUCCAUGGGCUCAAUACCGCAAAUGAGACAGGGGUCCCCAUCAUGGCCCAUCCCCCUGCCAUCUACAGUGACAACACCCUGCAGCAGUGGCUGGAGACGGUGCUAGCCUCUUCCCUGAAGGGUAUGUGCACCCUGGACCCCUCCUCAGCACCCCAGCUCUCUGGUCCUGGGGAGGGGUCCUCACAAGUUGCUCACCGCCCUGACUUCCCAGGCUCAGUGAAGACCAGAAAGACCAGUGUCUCCCUUCUCUGCAGGUUCCUGGCACUGGUCCAGGAGAAGUAUCCUCAAGCCACCUUGUCUCCAGGCUGGACCACCCUCUAUACGCCCCUGUUCCCAAACAGCACCUACACCCAAGCCAUGGUGGAGAAGAUGCAGGAGCUGGUGGGAGCGCUGCCACAGAGGGUCACCUUCCCUGUGCGGGCUGUCAUGGUGCGGGCUGCCUGGCCCCACUUCAGCUGGCUGCUGGGCCAGUCAGAAAGGUACAGCCUGACACUGUGGCAGGGCGCCUCCGACCCCGUGUCAGUGGAUGAUCUCCUCUACAUCCGGGACAACACCGCCGCCCACCAAGUCUACUACGACCUCUUUGAGCCUGUCCUGUCGCAGUUCAAGCAGCAGGCCUUAAAUACCACAAGGAAGCGAAUGUACUACACCGGCAGCAGCCUGAUCCCUGUUCUCCAGCCACCUGCGGGUGAUGGUCUGAGCGUGGAGUGGCUGCUUCCAGAAGUGCAAGGCAAUGGCAGAACAGCAAUGAUCACGCUCCCUGACAGAGAAGGAGUGAUCCUGCUGGACGUUGGUCUCCAGGGAACUGCAGCCGGGGACCCUGUGCCCAUCGUCCGUGCCCCAGGCAGCGCUGCCCUGACACUGGAGUCAUGCCUGCUGCAGCUGGCCACGCGCCCUGGGCGCUGGGGCCUCCACGUGCACAUAGCAGAGCCCGCAGCCCUCCGUCCGUCCCUGGCCAUCCUGGCACACCACUCAGCCCUUGGCCACCUGCCUCGGCCUGUGUGGGUCGGGGCCACAAUCUCAUAUGGAAGUUUUGUGGUCCCUGGCCACACAGCUGGCAAAGAGUUCCUGAAGGCUGUGGCUGAGGUAUUCCCCCAUGUGACUGUGGCACCCAGCUGGCCCGAGGAGGUGCUAGGCAGUGGAUAUGGGGAGCAGCUGCUCACGGAUAUGCUGGAGCUCUGCCAGGGACUCAGGCAACCUGUGUCCUUCCAGCUGCAAGCCAGGCCACUGGACCAGAGCAUGGUGGGAGCCAUGGCCAGGCUGCUGGCAGCCUCCCCCCGGGCCACCGUCACAGUGCAGCACAGCCCCACUGGGAGCAGCUGUUCAGCUGUGUGGGCAGGGCUGCUGGCAGCCAGCGGGGUGGACAGGACCAGAGUCUACUGCAGGCCCCCCCAGGGGUACCACAAGGACUUGUGGGCAGAUGUUGGCAGAAACUGACCGCCCAGUGGUCCCGGGCCAGCCAACUCCUAGGUCCAGGCUUCCCUGCAGGAGGCAGGAGGAAUAAAUGCUUCUGCCUUCCU